UGUGUAGUCAGUCGCUGUUGUGGCUGGGAGGCAGCAUAGUCACCCAGGCUCUUCGAGUGAACCUUGAUCCACCCCUGAGGUUAAAACAGUCUUUUAAAACUAAUCGAAAACAACUACUUCUGUUGGCUCUUGAACAAGCCCCGGCUUUUUUUGGGGGACACCUUAUAUCCUGCAGGUGCUGAGGAACCCGCGUGCAGGAAGUACCCGAGGGGCGAGCCGCUGGUGAAUGUCGACGGGACGUCCCGCCGGUUGGCCCUUUCUCUGUGAAUGGAUUAGAGUUUCUUUUCCCCGCGUCUCGCAGGCGAGCUGCGACCAUGCGCUGCCUGGCUGCCCGGGUGAACUACAAGACCCUCAUCGUCAUCUGCGCCCUCUUCACGCUCAUCACCGUGCUGCUGUGGAACCGCUGCUCCAGCGGCUCCUCCCAUCGCUUCCUGCCCCGCGACGCCUCGGCUCCGAGCCCCAAGGCGGGCGACGCCAGCAUCAGCAGCCAGCAGCACCCGCCGCAGCCCCCCGAGCCGCCGCCCGUCGUCGGCUCCGGGGUCAAGUACGAGGACAUCGACUGCCUGGUCAACGACGAGUCCACCAUCAAAGGCCGGCGGGAGGGCGCCGAGGUGUACCUGCCCUUCAGCUGGGUGGAGAAGUACUUCGACGUGUACGGCAAAGUGGUGCAGUACGACGGCUACGACCGCUUCGAGUUCCAGCACAGCUACUCCAAGGUCUACGCGCAGCGCGAGCCGUACCACCCCGACGGGGUCUUCAUGUCCUUCGAGGGAUACAACGUGGAGGUCCGCGACCGCGUCAAGUGCAUAAGUGGGGUGGAAGGCGUUCCUCUCUCCACGCAGUGGGGCCCUCAGGGCUACUUCUACGCCAUCCAGAUCGCCCAGUACGGCCUGAGCCACUACAGCAAAAACCUGACCGAGCGCGCCCCCCACGUGGAGGUCUACGACACGGCCGAGGAGCGGGACGGCCGCGCCGGCGCCGCCCCCUGGGCCGCGCCCAAGGGCUGCGUCCUCAGCCGCGUCCACGACAAGGCCCGAGCCACCUCCGUGCGCCAGUUCAGCGCUCCAGAGUCCUCUGAGGGCGUGUCCCUCCAGCUGGGGAACUCCAAAGACUUCAUCCUCAGCCUGGACCUCAAGUUCGUUUCCAACGGCAGCGUGUCUGUGACCUUGGAAACCACGGAGAAGGGCCCGCCCUUCACCAUCCGCUACGUGACCAGCGCGCAGCUCAUCGCCUUCAAGGACCACGAGAUCACGUACGGCGUCGGGCCGCGCGCCGCCUGGAGCACGCUGACCCGAGACCUGCUCACCGACCUCAGGAAGGGCGUCGGCCUGUCCAACACCAAGGCUGUGAAGGCCACAAAGAUUAUGCCGAGACGGGUGGUGAGAUUAGUCCUACACGGGCGGGGCUUCGUGGACAACGUCACCAUCUCCACCACCGCGCACAUGGCCGCCUUCUUCGCCGCCAGCGACUGGCUGCUGCGCAACCAGGACGAGCGGGGCGGCUGGCCCAUCAUGGUCACCCGCAAGCUGGGCGAGGGCUUCCGGGCCCUGGAGCCCGGCUGGUACUCGGCCAUGGCCCAGGGCCAGGCCAUGUCCACCCUGGUGAGGGCCUACCUCCUCACCAGGGAGCCGGCGUACCUCGGCGCCGCCCUCAAGGCGGUCGGACCCUUCAAGGUGCCUUCGGCGCAGCACGGGGUCAAGGCCGUGUUCAUGAACAAGUACGACUGGUACGAGGAGUACCCCACCACGCCCAGCUCCUUCGUGCUCAACGGCUUCAUCUACUCGCUGCUGGGACUCCACGACGUGAGCGAGACCGCCGGCGAGAAGCUGGGCCGCGAGGCGGGGCUGCUGUUCGCCCGCGGCAUGGAGUCGCUGAAGGCCAUGCUGCCGCUGUUCGACACGGGCUCCGGCAGCAUCUACGACCUGCGCCACUUCAUGCUGGCCACGGCGCCCAACCUGGCGCGCUGGGACUAUCACACCACGCACAUUAACCAGCUGCAGCUGCUGGCGUCCAUAGACAGCGCGCCCGUCUUCAAGGACGUGGUCAAGCGCUGGAAAAACUACUUGAAGGGGAUCCGUGCCAAGCACAACUGACCACGCUGACUCCCCCCCGAGACGGCUGAGUACAGAAUGUGAGGCGAGUGGUCACAUUCUGUGUGUGUGUGUGUGUGUGUGUGUGUGUGUGUGUGUGUGUGUGUGUGUGUGUGUGUGUGUGUGUGUGUGUGUGUGUGUGUGUGUGUGUGUGUGUGUGUGUGUGUGUGUGUGUGUGUGUGUGUGUGUGUGUGUGUGUGUGUCCAUAAUCUAAAGGAGGAGAUUUUUCAGCUGCAGCUCUCUUGCAGGUUCUCUGACUGUAGCUCUCCCUCCCGUGUUUGUGAUUAUGCACAGACCUAGUUUCAGAGUGUGUGUGCGUUCAGAGAAGAACACGUGUGUGUGUGUAUGUUUUAGAGUUUAAGACUAUAUGACGUUAGAGACGGAUACAAAAAUGUUUGUUUUUUUGACCACUUCAUCCGAGAUUUGUAAAGUUUAUAUUAAAACAGAUCCAACAUAAGAGGGAAGCUGACUGUGUUUAUGAGGAGAACGACUGUAUCUCGUUAAUGGAACGUCUGGGAUUCAAAUCCUGCACUCUAAAGCUUUUUUUCUUUUUUUAUCAGAUAAGCCGCAAGACACAGAAGUUUUAUUUCAAGGCGUAUUUUUAGACGCGCCAUGUUUAAGCUGUCAGGUGAUCAUUCUGCUGUUUUUCCUUUUGUAGAAAAGUGCUAUGCUUCCAAACUGGCUGCUUCCAGUUCUCUUCUGAAUCAAUGAAUACUUUCAAAAUAAUUAGAGGAAGGAUUGAAUUUUAGUCUUUUUAUUCUUCUUUUCUUUCCUUUCAUUCAAAUAUGAAGCUACAGGAUUAGUUUUUUCUGUCGGGAGGAAUCGGCUCCUCAAACCCACCACAUCUGGAUCCGGACGGUUUAAAGCGGUUCUGCUCCUUGGUUCCUACCCAUAAUUCCACUGUAAUGUUUUUAAGCUGUUGUUUAGCCACAUCUGGGCAGCGGUGACUGAAUGCAGGUAGCAUGCAGCCUCAGCACCGGUGGUCCUCUUAUUGUCCCUGAGAUCAUGAAUAAAGUCACGGCAUUUCUAAUGACCCUUUUCUGGGAUGUUUAGAGACUGCAAACUGUCUGCUGCGUUUCUUAGUCUGUAACCAGAGCUCACUGAAGUCCCUCAAGUGGUACAAACAAACUAAAUUAUUCAUGUCCCGCUACACGGCUACAAAUAGUUAGCUUUGCAUCACUUUGAGUCGCCAUCGCUGUGUCCCUCUCAUUAGCACAUUUUGGGGUGAAAGCUGGAAACACAUUGAACCCCCUCGUGUCGGAGUUGCCUAGAAGCCGACUGAUGAUCCUCAGUGUGCAGACGGCACUCAAUUACUGCUUUGGAACUCAUUAUUUUUAACAAGUCUCACUAUAAUAUAUAUAUAUAUAUGCACAACACACAGGCCAUGCUGAUAAAGUCAAACUAACCCUUGUUUUCCUCUUUGAAUUUUGGUCACACGUUUAAGGUUUUUUUUUUUCUGCCUGAAAGCUCUUGCUCUAAAUCUUAUACCUUCAGCUGAUGCUUGCAGAAAGGUGUCUGUGUGUUUUAGGACGCGUUGUGUCGCGUGUGUCCGGGACGGAGGGACGCAGAGCGGCGUCCCGGGAGCACCUCAUUCAAACAGACAGAGGCAACGGAACUGAAGGUCUUUAAAGCGUCUACAGUAGAUAUUAUAUUAUACUCCACAAGGUGCUUUUGGUCAUUUUCAUGUAAACUUUCCACUAUAUCAGAAUGUCCCUCACCUGGUAACAUAUCUGCCUGCAUUCAGUACUGAGGGAGGAGGUUGUAAUAUUUCAGGAAUAAGGUCAUAACAUCGAAAGUAAAAUGGAAAAA